AUGGCUGACGCGGUUGCUGUGAAGACCCCACUCCCAGUGGGAGCUGGUUAUGGUGUGGUUAUCGGCAUCGGGUUCUUCUUCGCCUUUUUGAUGAUGUUCAUCUCCUAUCUCCAGAAUCGCUACACGCAGUACUCAACACAUCAAUCGGAGGAGUUCAACACAGCUUCUCGAUCUGUUAAACCUGGUCUGAUUGCCUCUGGCAUUGUUUCCGCCUGGACAUGGGCCGCCACUUUGCUUCAGUCUUCGACUGUUGCUUACACGUAUGGAGUUGCCGGACCAUUUUGGUAUGCAGCUGGCGCUACUGUUCAGAUUCUCAUGUUCUCUAUCCUUGCGUGCAAGGUCAAGCAGAAUGCGCCGAGAUGCCACACAUAUCUCGAGAUCAUCAAAGCAAGAUAUGGGACCUUCGCGCAUCUGGUGUUCAUGCUAUUCGCCUUUGUAACAAACAUUCUCGUCGGUAGCCAGUUGCUACUCGGCGGAAGUGCCGUUGUCACAAGUUUGACAGGAAUGCCAGUCUAUGCUGCCAUCUUCCUAAUUCCAGUUGGUGUUUGCGCCUAUGUCAUCCUGGGCGGACUCAGAGCGACAUUUCUCUGCGAUUACAGCCACACCUUGAUUCUCAUGAUCAUCAUCCUUUACUUCAUGUUCAACGCGUACGCAAUCAGUCCAUUGAUUGGGUCGCCUGGCGAGAUGUUCGACCUUCUCAAGAAAGCUGGAGCUCAGCGCCCGAUCGAAGGAAACAAAGACGGAUCUUAUCUGACUCUGAAGUCGAACUACGGCCUUAUCUUUGGCGUCAUUCAACUCUGCUCAGGAUCUGGUACGGUCUUCCUCGAUCAAGCCUAUUGGCAACGUGCCAUUGCAUCGAAGCCAUCCACAGCAGUCCGGGCUUAUCUUCUAGGCGGUCUUGCCUGGUUCGCAAUUCCGUUUGGCUUCUCAACGACCCUGGGUUUAGCUGCUGCAGCACUUACGGACCACCCAAAUUUCCCAACCUACCCUAAUGUACCAACCCCCGGACAAAUUUCUUCAGGCCUUGCUGCCGCUUUUGCUGCUGAAACACUGAUGGGACAAGGUGGCGCUAUAGCACUGCUCAUUGUGUUGUUCAUGGCAGUCACAUCUUGUGCUUCAGCCGAGCUUAUCGCAGUGUCAUCUCUGCUGACAUUCGACAUUUACAAAGAGUACAUUCAGCCUAAAGCUACGCCUAAGCAGCUAAUUUUCGUUUCACACAUCAUGAUCUGCGUUUUCGGCUUGACGAUGUCUAUCUUUGCAUGUAUUUGGAACGCCGCCUCAAUUGACCUUGGCUGGCUCUUCCUCGUUAUGGGCCUUCUCAUCGGGGGUGCCGUCUUCCCGACAGCAUUUUCAAUCUUAUGGCGCAAGCAAACGAAAGCCGGAGCAAUCGCAGGUUGUCUCUCAGGACUCGCUGCUGGUCUUACCGCCUGGCUCACGACUGCAAAGCACUACUAUGGCGAGAUCACUAUUGAAACCACGGGACUGUCGUAUCCGACGCUCGCGGGCAACCUUGCGUCCAUCAUGACCGGACUGAUCGUGACAACGACCAUAUCUCUGAUCAAACCAGACAACUUCGACUGGGAGAUUACGCGUGCUAUCAAUGCCGUUGUCGUAGAUGGAACACUACAAGACGGCACUGUGACACCGAGAGAUACUUCGACCCCUGAGCUUUCCGAUUCGAAUGAAAAGAAGGAUGCAACAGAAGUGUCGGCUCCUCCAGCCACUCACGCUUCCCAGGAUGAGCUUCCACCUCAUCUAGCACCAACCGCGAAAGAAGAAGACGACCCCAAGACACUCCGCAGCGCCUUCAAGAUGGCAUGUAUCUUCGCCUUCGUCCUGACUUUCAUCCUCGACUUUCUUCUCCCCAUGCCAAUGUUCUUCUCCGGCUACAUCUUCUCGAAAGGUUUCUUCACAGGAUGGGUGGUAUUGUCUGCUGCCCCUAUGGGAGACGAGAGAUGGCCUGGCAAGACUGGCGAGGAAGGUCACUGCAGACUUUGCAAAGAGGAAGUAAGGAUGAAGAAGAAGGGAGGGCAUGGCCAGGUUUUAUGGGAUGAUGUAAUCGGUCUAGAAUGUUCCGCCUUCAUAUGA